GUUUAAUAUUAUGUCGAGGGCAAAUGAAUUUAAAGAGAUUGAAUACAGGUUACUCUUUCUUUAUUUUCUCUUCAUAAAAAAAAAAUGAUAAAAUUCCAGGUUAAUAAAUGGGCAUUAACAUCUAUUACAACAGCCAUAAACAUUAAAUAUCCUAUUAUACAAGCACCAUGUGCAGGUCAUACAAGCGCAAAGUUAGUUGCCGCCGUAAGCAAUGAAGGUGGGCUUGGUUCGUUAGGAGCAGGUAUGAUGCCACCAUCACAAUUACGAGAAACUAUUCGAGCUAUACGUCAACUUACCUCGAAACCUUUUGCUGUCAAUCUAUUUUGCCGAAAUCUAUACCCAUCACUCACCUAUAAUGAGCUUCAAAGACAUAAUGAUAAUAUGGACAACAUCCUAAAUGAGAUUCGGUCAGAAUUAAAUAUUCCUAUCCCGACAGAGUAUCAAUUGAGAUCACCGCCAUUUGAAGAACAAAUAAAUGUGUUGAUAGAAGAACGUGUACCAGUUGUCUCCUUCACAUUUGGUUUUUUACCUGACCCUAUUUUACAAAGAUUUAGGAGUGUAAAUACUUUUUUAAUAGGCACAGCAACAACUCUUGAGGAAGCCUUUCUGUUGGCGGGUUUAAAUGACUCAGGUCUUACACAACGAAAGGCAGAUGCGAUUAUCGUUCAAGGAUUAGAAGCAGGUGGUCAUCGUGGAUCCUUUUUAAAUGACGGGAAACAACUACCAGUAGCUGAUCUUGUAAAGGCCAUCAUUACUCAGUCCUCUCAGUUAACUAAGCGUUUCCCUAUACCUAUCCUCGCAGCUGGGGGUAUUAGUUCAGGUGCUAACGUUUACACAGCAUUGCAUGAUUGGAAUUCAGAUGGUGUCGUAAUAGGAACCUUAUUCAUGAUGGCAACUGAAUCGAUGACCUCUAAAGCUCAUAAAGAAUGUUUAUUAGAAACUGAAAAAACGACAAAGAUUUCAAAUGCAAUUACUGGUAAAAAUGCGCGUGGUUAUCCUAAUGAACUUAUGAAACGUCUUGAACAAGCUAAGGAUAUACCAUCAUAUAAUAUACAAUCUUCCAAGACAAGCGAUAUCCUUGCCUAUGCCACUCAACAUGGUAUCAAAGAUUACAUGUUAUUAUUAUCUGGUGCAAAUGCUCCUAAAGCAGCCAAAUAUUCCGAGAAUGGAACACUAACUGCAGCUGAAAUAAUGCAUAAAUUGGUAUUGGAUGUAAACAAAAUGUAUGUAAAUAAUGAAUAAAAAAAAAUUAUUUUGUUAAAUCUACAUAUAAAGACUUGAAAUCAUAAUCAUUUCCUCUUCUCUUUUU